AUGGAUUUUACGAACGAGACUUGUGAGUUUUGGGAAUUUUAUUUAUUUUUUUGGAAUUCAAUGUUUCAGCGUCUUCUUCGUCAUCGGAAAAAUUUGUGGAUGUGGAAAUGCCAAAUGCAACAAGUUCUUCAAAUACUUCCCGAAGUUCAAGUUGGGUUCGAUUAAAUGUUGGUGGAAGGAUUUUUCAAACAACUCGCUCAACUUUGAUGCGAGAACCUGGCUCAUUUCUAUAUAGAAUUUGUCAAGACGAAUUAGGACUCUCAACAGAUAAGGUUUCUUUUUUAUUUCUUACUAAAUCCUCUCCGAGAAAAAUGAAAAAUUAUGGAUAUAUAAAAUUAAUAAAUAAUUCUAGGACGAAACUGGCGCAUAUUUGAUCGAUAGAGAUUCCGAUUUUUUUUCGCCAAUCUUGAAUUAUUUACGACAUGGCAAGCUUAUCCUAAAUCCUGGCGUUUCUGAAGAAGGUAUUCUUGCUGAGGCCGAUUUUUAUAAUCUGCCAGCUUUAAGUCAGCUUUUGAUGGAUCGAAUCCAGGAAAGAGAAAAUGGCAAAGACAAUUCGGUUUGUUGUUUUUUUUUGGAGAAGGGAGGGGCUUUUGCAGACCGUUGAACGCAGACUGAAUUUUUUUUGCCGCCGCAUGCUUUCACAACAUAGCAAAGACCCAACAAAAAAAUCCCCAAUUUCAGCCGGUCGUAAAAUUCGUCUAUCGUGUUUUACAAUGCCACGAAGAUGAGUUGGCAUCAGUGGUUUCAGCAAUGAGCGACGGCUGGAAAAUCAUUCAAAUAGUACCAAUAAACCUGAAUUAUUCGACAUAUUCAGCCGAACAACUUCAGGAAUAUUUAUGUAUUGUUGAAAGAACUUGUCCAGAUAAUGGAAGUAUGAAUGAAGGACAAGAUCGUGCCAAAUUAUUGCAACAAAGAGCAAGACGUAAGAUUGUUUAUUUUUGAAUGUUAGAUUACCGUACUUCGUUUCUGAAGUUCAAACAUGCAAACCCCCAAUUAAAAAUACGUGGGAUAAUUAUUAUUGAGAAAAAAACUACCGUAGUUAUAUUAAAAAUAAAUUUUUUUGCAGAUAAUUGA